CAUUCUGGUUUUAGGAAUUAUUCAACAUUAAUUAAAAUGUCUUCCACCAAACCUCCAAAUGAAAAUGAAACAAUCAAAGAGAGAAAACCUGGACUGAGGAGUGUUCAAACAACUAUGCUGUUCCGCGCUGUGAACCCAGAGCUUUUCAUUAAACCUAACAAACCUGUGAUGGCAUUUGGACUCAUAGCAAUUAGCCUUUGUGUGGCCUACCUUGGUUAUUUGCAUGCAACAGUAGAGAAUAAAAAGGACCUUUAUGAAGCAAUCGACAGUGAGGGGUCCAGGUAUAUGAGGCGGAAGGCUUCCAAGUGGGACUGA